AUGCAAUAUGGAGAAAAAAAAAGUAUCAAACACAAACUACAGCAGUGGUUUAUUGAAAAUCCGAGAAUUAGUGAGUUAUUCAUCCCACGUCUGUAUUUUAUUUCAGUUUUUAAACAGGUGCCCGAAUCCGGUCUUGCAACGUACUCAUCAAACUUCUCACAUGUAUAUUAUAUUGUUUUCGUGUAGUCAAUGACGAGAGAUUGUAUCCCGAACCUUUUCCGUUCACCGAGGACGCCGGAAAAAACGAUGUCACACUUUAGUAAGCUGAUUUUUUAGCAAUGUAUUUUUACAGUAAAAAUCUUGCAGCCAGUACUUGAUAUGGGUAGAUUUUGGCUUCAGUAUCUGGUUCGCACAAACUAUGUUCGCUUUAAUUAGUAUGGUGUACACAAUAUUGGUAUUUUAUCUUAGCUACUCGGUAAUGUUAAUUUUCCUUUAGCAUACAAUAGUUGUAUUCUCUUUCAGGGCAGUGUAGGUAGACUACUAAUCAAUAUCCAUUUUCUUCUCGAACUAAUCACAAGUUUCCCAUUUAUCCUCUCUGUAAGUUUGCCUUUCAUUUCAAAAUGUAUAAGCAAUGCAUUUCAGAUAUUUAUUCCAAGUUUGACCAACUUGUACGUCCCGGUGUUUCUGAAUUGCUGGUUAGCCAAAGGAGCACUUCAGGCUAUGAUGGUAUGCAUGAGAAAAGUACGUGAAAUGAAUAGGAAUUUAUUGAUUUUCAGAAUGAUCUCAACAGGAAGUCGUUCAUCAGCUCUUCCGCUCUUUUUCGCCAGCUUCUGCUCUUGUUCUCAGUGCUCGCUUGUCUCAUUUUCACGGGAAUGUGCAGUAUUGAGCACCUGCAAAGGGCUCGCGGAAAGAGAAUCGACCUGUUCACUUCUUUUUACUUUGUCAUGGUCACUUUCUCAACUGUUGGCUACGGAGACUGGUAUCCCGACUAUUGGGCGUCACAACUUUGCGUCGUCAUCUUAAUCUGUGUCGCGUUGGGAUUGAUUCCAAAGCAACUGGAUGAGCUCGGACAGACUUGGUCAGAGCGACAGAAGUCAGGCACAGAUUUCAGCGGAUGGAAUGGAGUCGAGUCGCAUGUUGUAGUCAACAUUACGACUUUGGAAGUGGAAUUCAUUCGCGACUUUCUGGAGGAGUUUUAUGCGCACCCAGAGAACCAGGUUCUAACCGCCGCCCCUCUGACUGCCGGUAAUUUUUUUGUUGCAGAGAAUCCAAGUUGUUUUGCUCUCGCCUGCCGAGCUGGACAACCAGACGCGCAUGUUAUUGAAGAUACCACUCUGGAACAACCGUGUUCAUUACGUGCGCGGAAGCUCGCUGAGAGACGAAGACCUUGAGAGGUGUCUAUUGUUUUUGUGUUGUUCUCAACCCGCGGUUUUCAGAGCGAAUGUAGCAACUUCGAAAGCGUGCUUCAUUUUAUCGGCUCGACAUGUCAACAGAAAAGUGGCCACGGAUGAGCACACAAUUCUUCGGUCGUGGGCCAUCAAAGACUUUGCCCCGAGUGUCAAGCAAUACGUUCAAAUAUUCAGAGCAGAAACCAAGAUGCACAUCGAGCACGCGGGUAUGUUGAAAUGUUGAAAACAUGUGGAUAGUGGAACAAGUACAAGCAUUUAGAAGUAUUAAUAUGUGAGGAUGAAUUCAAGUAUGCGCUUCUGGCAAACAACUGCAUCUGUCCUGGAAUCUCAACAUUCAUUACUCUUCUCAUGCAUACUUCGCGCGGAGAGUCAGUGCUCUUGCAUUUUUUAUAGUACAACUUUGUUGUUUUUUUAGGGAAGGGCAAAAGUCGACGGAGCCGUGGCACAAAGUAUACGGUUUCCACUCUGGAAAUGAGAUGUAUCAAAUUAAAGUUCAAGACAGCAAGUUCUUUGGGGAAUACGUCGGAAAGUCAUUCAGUAGCACAAGUUUCCACGCACAUAAGGAGUUGGUGAUGUGCAGAUUACUGAUGUAAUGCAGUUAUUUUUAGAUACGGAAUCGGAUUGAUAGCUGUCUCGCCUGAUGGCGAUACUUCGAGGAUGAAGUUGAAUCCAGGAUCAUCUCAUAUUAUCCAACCCUCAGACACCGUUUAUUACAUGGGAUUGACCAACGAGGAGUCGCUCAGUGACUUCCGAAAAGGAAUACAGCAUCAACAGAAACGGGCCAACGUCGCUUCCACGAUUGCCAAUAUAGGAACAGUGGCUGUGGAUGUUCCGAGGUCGGAUAAGACAGAAUUGACGAGCAGGAAAAAGAAAAAGAGGAAGGAGAAGGCAGCUGAUGAGAUUAACCUGAUUGAAGUCGGCGAACACAUCCAGUCUAGUCGAAGACCUUCCAUCGCCAUGGUCACUGAAGGAAAAUUGGAAAGUUCAUCCGACUCUGACCAAGAAGAAGAUUGUGACAAGUGCAGAGGUCGUUGCAUACAACACAAGUUGCAACGAACCUACCCUCAAGUCCGCACCUAUAUCGGAACUUCAAAUACGGUGUGUCACAUGAUGAAAGAACGACGGUCCUUGUGUUGUUUGAAACUCGACGAAAAGUGUGCGCACAAAUCUGCAACUUCUGCCCAUGAAUACCAAUGGAGAAACCGUCCGAUCAUACUAGCCGCUGAUCGGACCAGCAGCGGCAUGUACAACUUGGUUAUUCCCCUGCGUGCGUAUUAUCGGCCAGUUCAUGAUCUUCAUCCAAUUAUCAUUUUGUUGGAAUUGGAGGAGCAGGACUCGCUCAAUGACGCCUUUUUGGAUGCGAUCUCGUAUUUCCCGGAUAUUUAUUGGAUGAAAGGAAAGAUUGGAAAGUAAGUUGGCUCAAGAUUUCGACAAAGGUAAUUCUGCUUAUUUCAGCUUGGACUGUCUACUCCGAGCAGGCGUGAGCAGUGCUGAGCAUGUCGUUGUGGUCAAGGAGACCGCAGUUAUCGCCGAGGAGCACACAGCCGACUGUAGUACCAUUAUCACUGUACAGAAGAUCCACAGAAUGUUCCCUCGCCUUCGCAUGAUCACCGAACUUACCCAUGCAACGAAUAUGCGUUUUGUUCAGUUCAAUCCACACAACGCCUACUCCUUAGCACAGUCAAGAUUCGAGAAAAAAGAAAGGAAAAGAGGAUCUCACAUGCCAUUCAUGUUUCGGUUACCUUUCGCUCAGGGAGGAGUGUUCAGUGCGAACAUGCUCGAUAGACUGCUUUACCAAGUGAUUUCAUAGAGAACAUCUUUUAUUAGAAAAUGAGAAUCUUCAGGCAAUAAUCAAACCAUUCGUAGUUGAUCUUGUGCGACUUCUCUUGGGAAUCGAUCAACAGAGUGAUGGUGGAUAUUUGACAUCGGUACUGUUAAGUUAGACCAAUCAGUUUGAACAUUGUUUAUUUCAGUUUGUAAUCACGUCGGAAGACCUGUGGAUCAGAAACUACGGACGGUUAUACCAGAAGUUGUGCUCCUCUGUGGCUGACAUUCCCAUCGGAAUUUUCCGAACAAAGAAGAUGGAUACAAAGACGGUAUUUCAUACUUCACUUCAAAUACAAUAUUAAUAUGAUUUCAAGGUAUCACUGGAUCUCCAAGAACAAUGCAAAGAUUUCGAAUCGACAGAAAUGGGUCGGAACAAGGAUAUGUAUGACCAUGUGAAAAACCGGAUGAGGAGUCUGAACAUUAAGGAUUCGCAUACAUGUGAGUAGAACCGCGGCAGUGGUUGUUUUCCAUAUCAUUAAGGUUUCUAGUUAAUUGGAGAUACGCUCGAGGGUACACUUCUUCAGGUAUUUACCACGAGUGGUGUGAAAAGCAAAAACAGAAAAACGUCUUUCGUUGGGAACUUCAAACUACUUUAUUCUUUUCAGUUCUCUAACUGCUUUCGCGUGUCUUUUUUGUGUGUUUCAAGAAUAACCUGGGAACUUUUCAGUGUUGGAAGGAAGCGAUGAGAAAGCCCUGAUCUCAUACGUCAUCAUCAAUCCCGCACAAGAUUUGGAAUUGGAAUCCGGUGAUAUUGUGUAAGACGCGAUGCCAUUGCUAUUAGCUAACCUUAUGAAAACAAUUUCAGAUAUGUAAUCAGAAGUCCUAUCAAAAAAGACGCCACCAAUGCCCGAAUCAACCCGAGAAGAGGUCUUCGAAGGAGUAAAAAUGUUAGCGAGACCAUGGACUCGACCACUGUUCCGACAAUUGUAAUUGAUGAGAAUAACCUGUGA